AGCAUCAUUCUGCAAACCCUGAGGACUGAUGCAACUAGGCGCGGAGAAAACCCGCCCAUUUGUUGCAAAUCUACAUUCUCAUUGGUUACAGCUCGGAUUGUCUCUGUCGUGAUUGGUCAGUCUCGCUGUCGGUUACAGUAAUGGGGCACAUGGGGGUUGAGUGAAGAGGAAGCCACGUUUACACUAAAAAGUGGUGAUUUCUUUUUUUUCUGACACCGGGAAAUAACGCUUAAACCUUCUACUAACAUCUGUUCUCCCCGGAACAACCUCGGCAAAACCUCUGACGGUAAAUAUCUCCUCGCUACGUGUUUGUUGGUGAAUUAUCUCCGUUUGAAGAAGCUAGCUUGAACAGCAGCAGCUAGCUAAGACAUGCUAUCAUCUUUCCUCAGCAUCAGCUGGAGCUCUUCUGUUCAGACUGGAGAGAAAUAAACAUUUUUAUUAAAGAUAGUGGAGGAGGAAAUGAUUCAAGGCGAACCCAAGAGUGAAAAAGAUGCAUACUGUUUAUAAUGACUUCAGUAUGGUUGAUGAAAAUAUGCCUGAGGCUAGAAAAUGUCAUUAGAUGAUACUUUAUGUAAAUGAACAGUAGACUUCCUAUCUUUAAACAUACUUAUACUCAUUAUUUAAACGAGGAGAUCCAGUGUUCAAAUAUAUAAAAAUGUUUCUGCAUCGUUUGAAAAUGAAAUAAUAGUGACAAAGCUCCUGUUUGUUAUGAUAGUAUCCUCAGUAAAUGCUGUUUAUGUGCCUCUGAAUUGAAAAAAUAGAGAGUUCUUUGUCUCUGUUUCUGUAAAUAAGUGUGUUUCUGACUUUUUUAAUAUAGUGUUAAUGUCUACUGUGUGUGUGACUGUGUCCAUCAGUUGUGUUACUGGUUUUACAGGUCAAAGCAGCCACAUCAUCAUCAGACAGUAUGAGUGUUGGAUUCAUUGGAGCGGGCCAGCUGGCUCAUGCCCUGGUGAAAGGCUUCACAGCUGCUGGUGAGGACACUGUGUUUUUUUAUUAUGUGAUUCAACUUGAGCUUUAACUAACAUCAUUGGACAGACAGUCUGAGAACUAUAGCUGCUGUAUUGGAGCUAAAAACUAUAAAUGAGUCUGAAUUAGGGAUGUAGCGAUAUGAAGAUUUCACAUCAUGAUUAUUGUGACCAAAAUUAUCAGGGUUAUCAAUAUUAUCACGGUAUUGUUGAAAUAUGUUCAAAAUGUUCAAAAAUUACUAACACACGCCAUGAAAUCAUUAAACAAAGUUUUAUUUUGAAAAAACAAUCAAAAUAACACGCAGAAUGAACUUUUCCUUCAUCUUAAAUAACAGAAAAACGAUAAGCUUAAAACCGAGAGCCAGAGGUAAUCAACAUUAGUACAAGUAAAAACAAAGUACAAAGUAGAAACGAUAUUCCCCUGGUGCUGAAUAGCCUCUCGGAUGACACACUGGUUGCUGGGAUGCGCAAAAGCUUCCUGGCAACCCUUGUGACCCUUUGUAGAAGCCGAAAUACGCCCAGACUUCGGACUUUGUUGUCUUUGACAGCGGAAAAAUCUCUGCAACACGGCCUAAUGCAUCACUGUGUGACGGUGCCAGACUUCUUCCAGGUGAAGUGUUCAUUUUGCAACAAACACUGCUUAAAUAUAGUUUACAGCUUAAACCGACCUGAAUCAUCCCAAACUGUAAAGUAAAAGUAUCAAUCCAGUGUCUGUGAGGCUGAGCAGAAACACAGGACGAUCUUCAGUUGUCUGGAAACUUUAGACAAAUAUAGUGAUCCAAUUCAUGAAUGAAUGUGGACCAUCAAACUACGGGAGAAAUGACAAUAUGGGAGGAGGGAGGGAGAUAGGUCUGAAAUACGGGAGAGUCCUGGGAAAGACGGGAGUGUUGGCAGGUAUGCCACUUUCGACAUGCGCAGGGCACACUGAGGUUUUACAUAAUAACUCUCACUUCCACCUUAUUAUACAUCCUCAUGUCUUUGUCUCCACUGUCUCCUGUGUUUCUCUCUGCAGGUGUUAUUGCUACACAGAGGAUUACAGCCAGCUCCCCAGAUACAGACCUGCCCACUGUGGCAGGGCUGAGGGUGAGAACACGAGUUGGUGUUUGUAUGUGUGUGUGUUUUGUCUUAAAAAUUGAACAAUUUGUGGUGUGUCCAUGCUUGUGUGCAGGUGUAGGUCUGUCUGAGGUUUAAAGUUUGUGUGUUUCCAUUGUUACACCUGUUUUCAUCUUUCUUUAACUCUCUGCUCUUGUCCUUGUGCAGAAAAUGGGGGUCAAUCUGACGACCAGCAACAAAGAGACGGUGAAUAAGAGUGAUGUUCUUUUCCUGGCUGUGAAACCUCACAUCAUCCCCUUCGUCCUGGAUGAGAUUGGGCCAGACAUCGAGGAUCGCCAUCUAAUCGUUUCCUGCGCGGCAGGUGUCACCAUCAACUCCAUAGAGAAGGUCAGUUUGCUCUGUAAUCUCGAGCUGAUAAUCUGCUGAUGUCUGCUCUGGCUGUAACCUUCCAGUGAUUCUCUGAACUUCCUUCACGCCCAAACUGACAACUCUGCUGUUAACUGUUUCUCCUCAAGCUUGUCUGCUCUCUGAUUCAGUGCUUCCCAAGCACACAGCUUUAUCGUCUCUGAAAUCAUCAAGAUUCGAUUUGCACAUAUCAUCAACCAAAAUCAUUUAAACACAGACGGAAGCUGUACAACCGUGUUUGAAUAAAACUGCAUUUUCCUCUUGUUCCUGUUAAUUUUUGAAGGUCAUUUUCCCCCUUUGACAAAUACUUAUAACUGAGCUUUUGUCACAUGUAUCCAGCAUGUCUUUACACACCUGUCCUGUGUUGUGGUCAUUUUUUGGGGUUUUACAGAAGCUGCUUCAGUACCGUCCCUCUCCUAAAGUCAUGAGGUGUAUGACGAAUACUCCUGUGGUGGUGAGAGAAGGAGCAACAGUGUACGCCACUGGGACACAUGCAGAGGUAAAUGGCUUUUUAAGUGAGUCAGUCCUUCUUAUAGGUAUGCAUAAAUAUCUCCAGGAUGUCAGUUUUCGUACUUCACUGGGUUUUAAUAAAACUUAUUCCGCUUCAUACCAAGAUGUUGUCCUUCUUCUUCCAGGUGGAGGACGGCAAGUUACUGGAGCAGCUGAUGGCCAGCGUGGGUUACUGUACUGAGGUGGAGGAAGAUCUCAUCGAUGCCGUCACAGGACUGAGUGGCAGUGGGCCUGCCUAUGUGAGUAUGUGAAUGUGAGUUGUGGAUGUGUGUCAAACAAAGGGUUGUGGACCUUACUGUGCGGUUUGGUCUUCAGGGAGGCAUUGAUCGGAUUCUUCUGUAACAUGUUGAACAACUUCAAGAAUUCAUUUAAAUGUAUUUUCAGCAAAGUCAUCAUUUACUUUCUUCAUAAAGGCCUCGUUUUGCCCUCAGUGGGCGACUGAGAUCUCUGGACGUGGGAGGUUUUUGUUGUGCUGUGAGGUCUUAUCUGUAUCUGCAGCUGUCAGGCCUCACAGCCAGGGCCUUAUCUACCAUUAAUUAUUAACAUUAUCUCUCUCUAUAUAUAUUUUUUGGUUCAAGUUUUCAGGCUUUAAAUAUAUAUGACAUACACUCGACAUAUUACCAGGGUACUUGGAGUCCAUUUUAUGCAAACAAAACUAACCUCCUUCCUCACCACCACUGUUGGCUCAGCUCUGUGCUGGAGUCUCAUUUCCACCAGUUUGGUUUGGCACAGUCUGGUACAGUAAACCCAGAUCUCGCUUGCAUUUUCACAGCUAAGUGUACCCCGGUGCUUCAGCCUGGAAGGGUGUCGGCUGCUGUCUAGACUACCAGUGUGAACAGGGCCUCUCACAUCCAAACAUGGGCCGGUUAUGUUUAGAUAGAAUAGAGGACAUGCUUGUUUUUUUCUGUUAGCUGUGCUCCAAUCUUGAAAAUAAAAAAAGUGAAUGGCUUGGUAUGUGCUACAUUCAGAAAGUUAGAGCUGAAAGCACUUUUUGAAUGACAGAUCAGUUUUCUCUUCUGUGGGGAAAAUAACAAUUUUCCACUCAAUGCUUUUAUUUUGAAGUUGUGUCCAGGGCAGGUAUUUGGUAAAACAUCUGAAGCAGUGAAAUUUAGUUUGGGGAAAAAAAGUUUUUGAGUCAUUCUGGCUGCAGGUAAGUUAAAUAAUUGUUAGAUGAUUAGAAAUCAGCAAUAUUUCUCUCUUUGCAUCUCUGUGAGAGGUUUUAGGAGAGGUAUCAUCCAGUGCCAUCUCUAUUGCUGCCUCCUUUCUUUUCAACUCUCCCCUUUAAGAUCAGGAAGGUGUGCUUGGUGCCAAAAAGUAGGAUGGUAGAGAUCCAUUAUUCAGAUACUUUUCCUGACUUUUUUGGACUCUUCAGUAAUUGCAGACAGUCCAGUACAGCUCGGUGGAAAUGCAGAAAGAUCAAAACUUUCCUUAGUAGACACAACAGAUAGUCUUGUGUUUUACAGCUGUAUUUCUUAUAUGUUAUCUUUCAUUUCUACCAGCUGUAACUGUUUGAAAUGAAAGCUUACAGCCUCUCACUGUCUGUCUGCGUGUGCUGCAGGUGUAUAGCUUCCAGUAACAAACACUUGGCGGCACGUCUUCUCCCUUUCUGGUCUUUUUAAGUGUCGUCACACCGUUAACCAGCAGCAGGACAAGGUACAGCUGAUAACGGAAAUUCGCUGAUUACAAAGCCGGCACAUGUAACGGACCACCUACCUGGAGCUCAGCCAACAUAGCGUGUUUGCAGUGGCCCUGUGCUGUGCAUAUUUACAGGCACACAGACACAGAAUCUGGAUGUGCAGCUGUCAGCGCACUCUGAUGAAACUGUUGCAUAUUUAAUGUCAUAUUAGAGGUAUCCUCUUGCAGAUUAAGUUUUCCUUUUGCAGCCAAACAGUAGCAGUAUGACAUGUUUCAGUGACUUUGCCUGCCACUGCAUAAUCAGGGGUAUGACAAAUGCUAAUGCUGUGUUAUGACAGGUCUGGUUGCCCCUCUUUAAAAAACACCAGGCUGCCCAGCUGUGAUAAUAACUUAUUUUUAUUUUAUCUGAAUUUGGUUUUGAAUUCAAAAUUUUCAGCUUUGAAUUUGAAUUCUCACAGCUGGACUUUGAGACUUGCACUUUUCAUUCUCAUUUGGCCAUCCUGAGCGUCAGGAGGAACCUUUCAUUGAGUGGAUGUCAGUGUUUAAAUUCUGUUUAUGUUUCUAUUUUCUUCAGUGUAGACUGGAGGCUACAUAGUAAGGCGAGUCAAAGACAAUGGGCCGGGAUUAAAGUUCUCUGUCUGUAGACGGAUUUCCAUCAGCUGGAAAAAAAAGUUGCACGUACAUUUGUUGUGAUUCAGUUUUGACUAUCCAAUGAAAUCAUGACGCUGUUGUCAACCAAUAAAGCCAGCCAGAGCUUUGGUAUGAGCCAAUCAGAAAUAGAGAAGGGCGGGCGGGAGAAGGGCAUCAUAGCCACCACCGACGUGGGCUCCAGCAUCAUGAUCAGUAGCCCACUGGAGGUUCUCUCAGCUAUUCCGCUCCAGUGUUUAAAAAAAAGAGUAUGAAUGGGUCCACUGGUUUGACCACUGGUAUGGACAAUGUAACCAGAAAAUUGAAAAUAAAAUUAAAAUGAGCACCCCCUCCUUAGCUGGCUAGAGGGGGAGCGGGGUGUUGGUGCCUCUCGCUGCGAUGGCGCACAGAUAAGUGAGAAACGUCCCCUCGUCUCAUGACAUGGCUAGUGGUAGUGGCAGCGGCGGCUAGUAGGCGCACCUGGCUGCGGGCUGCGGGCUGCAGGCACGCCCAUGCCGGCAGAGGCGUCCACCACCGUCUGCGCCUGCUGUCUGUCCCGCAGUGCGGCUCGGGUCCUGAGAAAACUCAUUCAAGACCAAUAGCAUUGUAUAGGAUCAAGGAGAUUUAGAGCAGUUUUGAGCGCUGUGGGAAGUGGACGGCGAGUUGAAUAUUUAAAUAGUGUAGGUUUAAGUUUUCUUACAACUUAAAUGCUGGAUUAGAGAAACUUAAGAGCCAAUAGGCUACAGCAUUUAACCUUUGUACUUGAAAGCUUUGGGAAAUGAUUGCACGGUACAGCCUAUUGUGAAGGAAUAUGAACUGGCCUGAAAAAAAAAAACAAUUCAAUUAAAACAUUUUGUUUUGCUUUAAUCCCUGUGAUGGGGCUAAUCACUGAUCCAAUGAGAAAAAGUCCUGUUAAAUCAGACUGAUGAGAAGCGUCUAUAUUUGUGAUGGUUUUCCUGCCUUGAGGGGAAAAAACUUAACAACUGUGUGUGUGUGUGUGUGUGUGUGUGUGUGUGUUUGAACAGGCCUUCACAGCUUUGGAUGCUCUCGCUGAUGGAGGGGUGAAGAUGGGCCUCCCCAGGAGACUGGCUGUCAGACUCGGAGCCCAGGCGUUGCUGGUCAGUGGUGUUUGUGCGUCUGUCUGUUUUAUCUGAAUUUUGUUUUCAUUCAUUUAUUCAUUCGCUGUUUUUUUUUUCUCUCAAUUGAGUCAUCCUCAUCCUCUUCUUGUCUGUAGUUUUCGGAGCCUAAAUAAAACAGAAAUUUAGUUAUUGCUUCUACCGCUCCCAACAUUUCUUCAAUCUCAUAACUGCUGACUUGAAUUCACUAAAAAUGAUGAAACUCAGGAGAAAUAAAACCCUGCUGGGAAUCCUGACUUUCCAAAAUAAAAUAGAUAAAUCUGCGCUUCUAGUUGUUGUCUUCAGGGUUCACGCCUGUAAUUAAAAAACGUCUCAAAGCAGCAAUAUUUGGAUGCUGCCGUUUUUAACCAUUAAAUACAAAAAAAGAUAACACUUCUUUCUUUAAAUCACCGCGCUGCUUUUGAUCACAAUUUGUCAAACAGAUUACCAGUAAUAACUCUCCUCAAACUGUUUGGUAAUCAAGCAGCUGCUUCAGGCUCACUUUGUCAGCUUCUCUCUGCAUCUUUACGAGCUGUCUUCUGUGUUUCCCUUUUUUCCGCAGGAGUCUCUCGGAUGUUGUUCGUUGUAAAUAAUGUUUGAGUGUUUACUCUUGUUUUGCACAUUCAUCUAAGAGAAAGACUCUCCGGAGCACUUAAACACAGUUGCGUCUGCUUAUUGUAGGACAGCUGGAAGAUCAUUCACAGAUGUUAUUAACUAUAUUUCAGUGUUAGAUUUUUGGAAGCAGCUUUAUCACUCGUAGGGAUUAUGUGCGGUGUGUAAUUACGAGCAUAACUCACACUACGAAGGGGUGAAGAAAAGGUGUAUUUCUUAUGGUCCUAUUGCUUUUCAGGGAGCAGCUAAGAUGCUGCUGGACUCUGAGCAGCACCCUGGCCAGCUUAAGGACAAUGUGUGCUCACCAGGGGGCGCCACCAUCCAUGCCCUGCACGUCCUGGAGAGCGGCGGCUUCCGUAGCCUCUUGAUUAACGCCGUUGAGGCAUCAUGCAUCAGGACACGGUGAGAAAUCCAACAUCUAGACCACGGCCAAAACUGAGUGUAUAAAUCUGUAUUUGCUUACAGGGGAUCAACAGAAAUGUCUUCAUAUCAGAUGAUACUGUAUGUCAGGUUGGCCCGAACAUUGAGCUCCGAUAUGAAAACUCACAACUGAAAGGCCUGUUUGUGUCUGACACACAAAUAACAUCUGUACUGUGAAACUGAUCUUGAGCCGCCCCCCCUCCUCUCCCCUCUCACUUUCACAGGGAGCUUCAGUAUCUGGCAGAUCAGGAGCGAAUCUCACCAGCAGCCAUUAAGAAAACCACACUGGACAAAGUGCUCCAGCAGCCAGGAGUCACAGUCAGUGGAGUGGCUAAUGGGAGCGGCCGGUCGGGGCUCAGCCUGUUCAACAAUCGCAGCCCCGGAGUCAAGAAGAACUGAGUGAACAGAGGCAGGAAUACACACAAACACAUCAUCACAGCUGUACCGACAUGUUGAUGCAUCUCAUACAGCUGUUCAGCCAAACUAUGUCAAAGAAAAAGACUCAGGACUGGACUGAAAUCACACCCAAAUUGGCAGAAAAGCCAAAUAAUUGAUUAUAUACUUGACCGAUAAAUGAUCAGUGGGCCUGGUGGGUUCUGGGUACAUUGUUCACAGUUAUAGCCUUACAAUUACACACACACGCUGAAGAGCUAAAGUGCAUUUGCAGUCUGUUGUUGUCUUCAUUCUGGUUGUUAAGCGUAAUGACCCAGUGGGCCAUCAUGAGAUCCUGGUUCAGACCAGGCAGCAGAUGGCUCUGGUAUACCAUCAAAGCCCCUUUUAAUGUACGUCUUUAAAGUAUGUCUUUAAAAAAAUGGAACCACAAUGUGAAUCAUCAUGUACACUUUGUUCUGCGCUAAUUGUUUGUUUCAAGACUGAAUAUGGUUUGAACAAAACUUGUUAUACCUUUAAUUUUUGGUCAUUUUCAUUGUCUGAAGUAAACACUACAGUUUUCAUUUCUUCUCUGCAGUGAAAGAGUCGAUUUUCAAGCACAUCAGGAAUAUUUUGUCCUGAAUACAUAAUUUUUUCAUGCAGAGGUCAUUCCAAGCUUAAAAACACCUGACUCAACAUUUCCCCAUGAUCCCUUUGCUACCUUCCUGCUGGUUUCUGUGCUUGAGGACAUUAUAGGUCUGAAACCCCAAAUCUUGUUCUGCUACCCCGUACAUUCUGGUAUUUUAUAUCAGAAAGCCAUUUCUCCACUUUCUGUCGUAAAGGAACAGGUUUGCUGUUAUUUAGAAGAGCUAUAAGAAAAUAAUGUACACAAUGAAAAUGUCUAUACAGACCAUGAUGUAAGAUAAUUACAUCAGCCUUCAAUCCGUCCUUUUUUAUUGCUCCUUAUAUUUUUAUCUGAAUAAUGUUACAUACAUGUUUUCUUUUUUUGGACGUAACGACCGCUGAGCCGGUUUGUCAGUCAAUAAAUCAUUACAGAAGCAAAUCAAA